AUGGGAACAGCGUGUGUCAAGAUCACACCCUCGGCAUCCAUGAAGAUGAUAAACAUCUGUUUUCCCACUGGUUUAGCAACUUUUGCUUUCUUUGGAGGUGGGGACGAAGUACACAUUCUCUCUUGUUUUGUCUCUAGCUCGUACAGGUAUACGUUAAAUAUCAUGGAUGUUAUAAUAAAGAACGGACGAGUUAUCGAUCCUGGAAAUCAAAUAGAUGACAUUCUCGACGUGGCUUUAAAAGAUGGUAAAAUAUUUGAUGUGGGGAGAAACCUUAAGCUGGAUUCUAAAUCAUCGUACGAUGCAACUGGCCUAAUAGUUACGCCAGGCUUGAUAGAUGCGCACGUGCAUUGUUACCAGUACGCCACGCCGUUAGGAAUUAACCCGGAUGAAGCGUGCUUGUCACGUGGUGUGACAACUAUAAUUGACGCUGGAAGUUCAGGGGCCACGACAUUUCUCGGGCUACGGAAGUUCAUUAUUGAUCAAUCAAAUACGCGGGUUCGAUGCCUGUUACACAUUGCCAUGCACGGCCUUGCUGCGGCAGGAUGCGCUGGGGGAGCGCCUGUAGGAGAGUCAGACACGCUGGCCAUUCUUGACGAAGACGCUUGCGUAGAGUGUGUAGGAGCCAAUCGUGACGUCAUUGUUGGUGUCAAGGUCAGAUUACAGUCUUCGGUGUGUGAUAAGGGACGGUUAGAACAAGAAGCCUAUAGUAAUGGUUAUUUUUGUUUUAUUUGUACGAACAGAAGGGCGUUAUCGGCAUCCAAACGUUGCGGGCUAUCACUGAUGGUGCAUCAUUCUAACUCAACAGUACCCACACAAACAACAUCUACGAGCGCGCUAGGCUGUCCUAAGGAUCUACGUACUGGCGACAUUUACACACAUACAUACCACGGAUUUGAAAGCACCAUUUUGGAUUCAAAGACUAAAACAAUUCAUAGUGACGUAAUAGAUGCCAGAUCACGUGGUGUAUUAUUUGACUGCGGGCAUGGUGUGGGUGCUUUCAACUGGACUGUGGCUGAAAUGGCAACAAAACAGAAUUUCUGGCCUGAUCUUUUGGGCAGUGACCUUCAUACCGAGAAUCAAGAAGGACCUGCAUACGACCUACCCAUGAUAAUGACAAAGUUUCUUUACCUCGGUAUGCCACUGAACGAAAUCAUAAAAAGUGUGACGUCAUCACCUGCGCGCGCAUUCAGGCUGAAUUCCAUUGGAUCAUUAUCCAAAGAAAACGACGCAGACGUGUCUAUUUUAAGAAUUGAUGACUGUGACGUCAGUAUUGAAGAUUGUAUCGGACAAAUGAGGCACGUUAAGAAGCGAAUAGUCCCUGUUGCCAUAUGGCGUGGGGGUAAGGAACACCCUGUUGUCAUAGCAGGAUUUGGUUCGAAACCAGUUACUACACAAAUCAGUCUAGGGAACUUAGAGAAGGCAUUGAUAAAAGAUUAAGAAAUACCUCGAUGGAAAAUAGGAAAUAUUAUCAACCAACUUGAUUUCUUUUUAUAUUUGCUCAUGACUUUUGAUGAAACAAAAUGCUUAUUUCAUUUUCCGUAUUUUCACUGUAAGUUCUUUCUUUACUGCAGUGAAGUAUAUUUUCCGUAUAUUUACUGUUGUCUUGCCGGAGCAUUGUCUCAUAAUUUCAGUCUCAAAAAAAAAUAGAAUAAAUAAAAAAGUAAAUAAAAAAGUAAAUAAAUGAAAAUAAAGAAGUA